UAAGACAAAGCAGAGAGAGAGAAAGAGAAAGAUUGAGAUGAAGUACUCUUGGGUUCGCGUUCUGGUUCUUGUGGCUUGCCUGUUACCAGCAUUAGUCGAGUGCAGGGUUCGGCAAUACACAUUUAAUGUGGUGUUGAAGAAUACAAAUAGACUAUGCGCUAGCAAGCCCAUUGUCACCGUGAAUGGACGGUUCCCGGGGCCCACUCUCUAUGUCAGGGAAGACGACACAGUGCUUGUCAGGGUUGUCAACCACGUCAAAUACAAUGUUUCCAUCCAUUGGCAUGGUAUAAGGCAACUGAGAACGGGGUGGUCGGACGGGCCAGCAUACAUCACCCAGUGCCCAAUCCAGACAGGGCAAAGCUAUUUAUACAACUUCACCGUUACUGGCCAACGGGGCACACUUCUUUGGCAUGCGCAUGUCCUUUGGCUAAGGGCAACUGUCCAUGGUGCCAUCGUUAUCUUGCCUAAGCGAGGGGUGCCCUAUCCUUUUCCAAAACCCCAUAAGGAGGUUGUUGUCAUAUUAGGUGAGUGGUGGAAAUCAGAUGUCGAGGCUGUGAUCAAUCAAGCUCUUAGCUCCGGUUUGGCUCCCAAUGUUUCGGAUGGUCACACCAUUAACGGCCAUCCAGGCCCUGUCACCAAUUGUCCUUCACAGGGCGGCUUUUCAUUGCAAGUCGAGGCCGGAAAAACCUACCUACUCCGAAUCAUUAACGCUGCACUCAAUGAAGAACUCUUCUUCAAGAUUGCUGGACAUCAACUCUCUGUCGUAGAAGUGGACGCCGUCUACACAAAGCCAUUCAAGAUCGACACUCUUGUUAUUGCCCCUGGCCAAACCACAAAUGCUCUUAUCACAGCCGAUCAAAGCUCUGGCAAGUACUUGAUGGCCGCGUCCCCUUUCAUGGACUCCCCCAUCGCAGUAGAUAACCUUACUGCAACAGCAACUCUGCACUACUCCGGCACACUUGCGAGUUCCCCCACCAGUCUUACUAGCCCACCUCCACCAAAUGCAACUGCAGUUGCUAACAAGUUCGUAAACUCUCUCCGAAGCCUUAAUUCCAAAAAGUACCCAGCCAAAGUUCCAUUAACCGUGGAUCACUCCCUUUUCAUCACGGUGGGGCUAGGAAUUAACCCUUGUGCUACCUGCGUCGCCGGUAAUGGAAGCCGGGCAGUGGCUAGCAUGAAUAAUGUCACGUUUGUGAUGCCAACUACAGCCAUUCUUCAAGCACACUACUUCAACAUAAGCGGUGUGUACACCACCGACUUCCCAGCUAACCCACCCGUGGCUUUUAAUUACACUGGCUCGCCCGCAAACUUGCAGACCACGAAUGGGACAAAGGUUUAUAGGGUACCUUACAACUCUACGGUUCAAGUAGUUUUACAAGAUACUGGGAUCAUCGCCACUGAGAACCAUCCAGUCCAUCUACACGGGUUCAACUUCUUCGCUGUGGGCAAAGGACUGGGAAAUUACAACCCAAAGACGGAUCCUCAAAACUUUAAUCUCAUUGAUCCUGUUGAGCGGAACACUAUUGGAGUACCAUCCGGUGGGUGGACAGCUAUCAGAUUUCUAGCAGAUAAUCCAGGAGUUUGGUUCAUGCAUUGCCACUUGGAAGUGCACACAACCUGGGGACUGAAGAUGGCAUUCUUGGUGGACAACGGCAAAGGCCCCAACCAGUCCAUUAUACCCCCUCCAAGUGAUCUUCCCAAAUGUUAAUUUACAUCCCAAACAACUGUUAAUUAUACAUACAAGUAGAGUGGAUUUUUCCCCGUGAAGAGUGGAUGAGACAGGAAAAAGUUCCACGCAGAUGAAGAAAAGGAGAGUUUUAUUGUUUCUUGAGUAAAACACGAGAAUUUGCUCAAGCAUGCUUCAAUAAGCGCUAGCAUUUUAGUUAUGGGAAAUUGGGAAUAAUACUCAAAUUUUUCAGGGUCACAUGUGUUGGAAUCUGAAUAAUAUAUGUAUAAGUUUUGAUUGUAUGUGUUUAUGUAAGUUCCCAAGGUUCUUCAAAUCCAUGUACUUAUUUAAUAGGAACCAUUUGAUUGCUGAA